AUGGAGACUUGGUUGAGUGAAGACGUAUUUUACAGACAGGAUUGGCGAGCGAAAGGAGUUGCGGAGAUGUCGGCGGAGGCACCGGCUUCGGCUCCGUUCGUGGGGAUGCUCUACCUGUGCGUGAGCUUGUUCCCGAUUCCCUUUCAGGGACUGGUCAUGUUUGUAAGUGAUCUUGAGUGGAAAAAUCAAAAAAAAAUGUUGUUUUUUUGUAAAUUUGCUGGAUCUGUCGCUUCGAAAAUCGCUUCUGACAAGGAAAAUACUUUUAUGGGGGCUCCGACUUUUCGACGGGACAUAACUCAAAAAAUCCGAAAAAUUGUGCUGAUUAAGAAUAUGUAAAAAUUAGCUGCCCGAUAAAAAUUUAUUUUCCAUAUGUCCCGUCGAAAGGUAGGAGCCCACAUAAAACCACUUUCCUUGUAAAAUUCUAAAAUACGCCAUUCCACUUUUGUAGGGUGCAAUAAAAUCGCGGCUAGUCCGUUCGCGUCCCGCCUACUUCAUAAUGUUCGUCCUAUCAGUGGUGGAAACGGGCCAACUUUUAAUCCACGCGUCGACCGGCGGCUUCCUCAUUGCUCGACAAGAGAUCCCGGAAGCAAUUAACGCCGCUCUCUCACAUAUCAUGCUCCCAUUGUGGCUGAGCAUGGUGUUCCUACACGUUCAUCUGAGCAUGAACAGAGUAUUUGUGAUUACCGUAAAUAAGUGCGCGUCCUCCGAGGGCUACUGCAGUUACAGUAACCUGCUCGCGGGAGUGUGUUGUGUGGCCGGGACGGUCGCCGGCUACGGCUGUCAUGUGGAUCAAAUGCGAUUUCGUUUGUCGAUCAUGGCGUGGGCCUCGAACCCGGAUUCUUCGUGGCUGGUCACCGCGUUGUACUACAUACAACUUUUUUUGCCCGUCGUGGGAAUUGUAAAUUGCCUACUGAUUGUGUGCGUGAUUAUGAAAAAGGUGAGUAUCACGCUUCUUGGCCGAAAAUAUUUAUUUUGAAAAUUGGAAAUCGCCACUUACAGUGGGGGAUCUGAUCCAGUGGCAAAAAGCGCACCAUUUUGCAUCCAGGAAGUAUCAAAAAUGUGGCAAAAUGCUUCCAUCUCCAAGUGAAAAACUCCGAUUUCAAAAGCGCGUCCUUGAAAACGAAGUUUUUUCACAUGGAGAGGGAAGCAUUUUGCCACAUUUGUGAUACUUCCCGGAUGAAAAAUGGUACUUUUUUUGCCACUGGGUCAGGUCCGUCACUGUAUAUUGUUGUAGUGGGUUUUUGAUGACUAAAAGGGAAAUCAAAAAUUUUCGAAUCAUUAAGCUUGCAUUUUGCAAUUUCAAGUGGGGUAUUCAACGAUCUUUAAAAAAUGAAAAAAUCGCAUUUUCCCGACUUUCAAAAAAUUUGAAAUUUUCAGCGCCGCCGCUUCCAAAACAACUCAAAUAUCAUCGGGUCGACGGAGGUUCGAAUUUUUUUCCACUCGAGCAUCGCCUUCUUCCUCACUGCCGCAAAUAUUUUCCUCUGGUUUCCGUUGAAUCGCCUCUUCAACAGUGUCGUUAUAAUCAAUGUUUUGGUGAAUUUGGAAUGGAUUCUCAUAUGUGCACUACCUCCUUUUCUCACAUUGAUUUUUAAUACGUAAGGCAGCAGAGUUAUUGGCGAAAAAAAAUUUCAGUCGCGCCGAGCAAAAAUAUUUUGUCAAGUGUAAUACAGGGUGACCCAAAAUAACGGAGACGAAUUUUGGAAGGGCCCACCGCGAAACCCGGGCGUUAUAGAAACACAAGCGACAGUGGGUAAUAUUCUAUAAGACUUUCUCUAUAAUCCACGAAAAUUUGGCGGAGUCAUCAUGUCGCAGGAAAAAGUUACAGCUUAACAAAAAUGCCUUGCGCCAUUUUUUGGCCCUCAAUUUUGGUUCCUUUGUGUUGUGUAGAGCAUGGCUGUACUACAGCCGCAGAAAUGGCAAGUUUAUUUGUUUUGCUAGACUACUACGUCUCUAAGCAAGCAGUUCUGUAGGUUUCUGGGCUACGGUUUUUAUUUCUACGGUUGUACCAAUCUCAACAUUGAAGAUCGCCAUUUUUUCCAAAUUUUUUCGAUAAAAAAUUCAGUUUUUUUAGAAUAAAGCUAAAACCGCUAGAACGUAUUCUAUACAUAAAUACAGUAAUUCUGGAAAAAGCUGUGAUUGCUGCUGGUUGCAACAGAUUUUCCUUGACAAGUUUCUCGCCCAGAACUACCCCAUGGCACGCGGCUUUGAGAAAGAUGGGUUAUCGAUAACAAAAUGACAAGAUAGAUAAAAACGGCGCAUUCUGCUCUUGUACAAUUAUGAAUACGACUCUUGAGAAACGGACUAGGGCACUUUCGGUCUUUAUGUUUCACCGGCUCGACUGGUAUUCCGCCUAAGGCAAAAAUAAGGCAGAAUUCUAGUGAUUACCAAAUAGCAUUCCGUAGCAGUUACAAAAUGUUUCUCUUUUGGUUCUAUGGUGUUCCUUUAAUCAUGUUGUAGUAACUCAUAUUACAUUUUGCCUUAUCUAACAUUUAAACUCCUUUUUACCGAUACAUUUUCAAAAAAGGCCGAUUUUUGCACUUCAACUCCCUGAAAAUACUCGGCUGUAACUUUUGAACCAUCGAUAGUUAAGCUUAGUAUGAUAGCUCAUUUUAAAGGUCUUAUUAUGAUAAUUUAUAACUGCAAAUCUCAAACUAUUCCGAGUUUUCUUUUUUGAGUAAGGCAGCUUUCUUGCAAAAAGACCCCACGGGCAGAAAGGUCCGAGUCAACCGGAUAUAUUCAUGUGGUUCAAGGCACAAGAGCGUCGUACAACAAAACUUCCGGUAUAUAAAACUACACUAACGUGGUACUGUAGUAUAAAUAAGGAAUCACUCAUGAAUCUUCAUAGGCCGCAGAAAAAACGGGAAAUCUUUUGUCUCCGUUAUUUUGGGUCACCCUGUAUAAUUUUUUUUUUCAAUUUCCAAAAAAUUGUUUUUCAGUGAGAUCCGAGACACGAUACUCGAGUCGUUCGGGGAGAAAGCCCGAAUAUUUUUGUUGACCGAUCAUCAGCCCAAACGAUUGAAUAACAAAUGUAAAUUACUUGGGAACGGAACGGGUACGCCUGUGUGA